CUUGACGCACUAGCUCUCCAAGAAGUUGAACAACACAGAAGAACUCGGCGGGCCGGCCGUUGCACCGGCCAUGAGAGGUUUCUCGGAUUCCCGAGGUUGUUUUCUAAGUUUCUUCCUCGGAGCUGCAGUCGCCGCGGCCUGCAUCGUGCUGCUACAGCCGUCCGCUCUGUGCCCGUUCGACGGCCUCACGCCGGCAGAUCGUCAAGAGCUGGCAAUCUUGAGUAAUAGAACUCAUGCUGCUCCCUGCUCGAAGAAGCUUCACAUGCCUGCUACUACCUCACCGGACGACGUCAGGCUUCUGGCGCUCCUGAGAAGGGCCUCCAUGGACGACAACACCAUCAUAAUGACCUUCACGAACAAGGCGUGGACCGCGCCCGGCUCGCUCAUGGACCUCUUCCUCGAGAGCUUCCGCGUAGGCGUGAGGACGGAGCCGCUCCUCAAGCACCUGGUCAUCGUCGCCGUCGACGACAAGGCGCACGAGCGGUGCGGGCAGGUGCACCCGCUCUGCUACCGCCUCCGCGUCAGGGGCGUCGACUACGCGGCGGAGCAGUCGUUCAUGGAGAAGGACUACCUCGACAUGAUGUGGCGCCGGAACCGGUUCCAGGCCCGGGUCCUGCGGCUCGGCUACAGCUUCGUCUUCACGGACAUGGACAUCGUCUGGCUGCGGAACCCGUUGCUGCGCGUGCCCGUCGGCGCCGACCUCGCCAUGUCGUCCGACUACUUCUACGGCGACAACCCGUACGACCUGAACAAGACGGCCAACGGCGGGUUCGUGUACGCCAGGGCGAGCGCCCGGACGGUGGCCUUCUACGGCGGCUGGUACGAGGCGCGGGAGGCGUACCCGAGGAGGAACGAGCAGGACGUGUUCGACCGGGUGAAGCACGUGCUGUCGGCGCGGCACGGCGUGCGGGUGCAGUUCCUGGACACGGCUUACCUCGGCGGCUUCUGCGAGCUCCGCAAGGACUUCCACAAGGUGUGUACGGUCCACGGCAACUGCCUCUUCGGGCUCAGGGACAAGCUCCAGAAGCUCACCCAGGUGUUGGACGAGUGGAAGCAGUUCAGGGCCGACGCCGCGUUGAUGGGCAGCAACAGCACAGCGCUGACGGACUGAUUAGCUAGCAUAGCGUAGCAGUCGCGGCGUACGUCAAUGUGAUCUUUCUUUCUUCGAAGAAGAUAAAAUAGGGCAGGUUGAACUUUCUCAAC